AUGCUGUGGGUGUCAGCGAGACGCUGCCUGUCCCAGGCCCUGCGGCGGCUACAGGACGGGCCGGGUGAGAGUUACCGGGAACUGCUGGUGUGGUACUGUGAAACCACAAGCACCCACGGCCCCAAGCGUAUCCUGACCGAGGGGCCCAAGAAGCGAGCGCUGUGGCUGUUGCUGACACUGUUGCUUGGUGGGGUGGUCUGCUGGCAGUGGGGGGUCCUGGUGCAGAGGUAUCUGUCCGGAGAGACCAUCUCGACCCUCCGCACCGGCUUCAAAGCCAUGGUUUUCCCCGCGGUCACUCUGUGCAACGUCAACCCUUUCAGGUACUCUCGCUCGCGGGGGCUACUGCAGCCACUGGACCGGUUGGCGGAGUUGGCACUGCAGCGUAUUUACAUGUACAACCAGAACAGGACCCUUCCCCCACCCAUGGACGACCUGGAGGAUAAGUGGAGCCGAGGCGGGGCUGGCCUGGGUCCUGGCCCCCUGGUGCCCCUGGUGAUCAUUGAGCAGACGGAGAAGGGGGAGGAGGUCCUGGUGCGGAUUUUGGGAGAUGCUGAAAGUGACGUCCCUCGGGACGCCAAGCUCGGGAGGGGCCCACGCAGCUAUAAGGUGGCCCUGCACCUGUGCAGUAAGGAUGGCCGGGACUGUCUGUACAGGAACUUCACCACAGGGCUGCAGGCAGUCAACGAGUGGUACUCCCUGCACUACAUGAGCCUGAUGGCCAAUGUCUCACUGGAGGACAGGACAGCGAUGGGCGAGCACGGACAGGACUUCAUCCUCUCCUGUAACUUUGGCGGACAUCCCUGUGACUUGCGGAACUUCACGCGUCUCUUUCACCCGACCUACGGCAACUGCUACAUCUUCAACUGGGGCUCGAGCGGCAGUGUCCUGACCGUGUCCAACCCCGGAGCCGAGUUCGGGCUGAAGGUGGUGCUGGACAUUUCUCAGGAGGAUUAUAACCCAUUCCUCUCCAUGGCAGCUGGGGCCAAGUUUAUGCUACAUCAGCAGAACACGUUCCCCUUCCUGAGGGACCUGGGCAUGUACGCCAAGGCCGGCACCGAAUCCUCCAUCACAAUAUUUGCGGACGAAAUAGAGCGUCUGGGAGGAGUGUACAGUCGGUGCAGACUCAACCCCUCGGCCACAGAGGUGACCACUCUCUACAACACCAGCUACUCCAUGCAGACCUGCCUUCGCUCCUGUCACCAGGCUCACAUGGUGCGACUGUGUGGCUGUGCCUAUCACCACUACCCCCUGUCCGAGGGAGCUCAGUACUGUAACAACCAGGACCACCCUGGCUGGGCUUACUGUUACUAUCACCUCAAGGAGCAGAUCGAGAGCGAGAACUCCGAAUGUCUGACAAGCUGUAUUCCACCCUGCAAUGAUACCCUCUAUCGUCUCACCAUCUCCAUGGCAGAAUGGCCAUCACAAGCCUCUGAGGAAUGGAUCUAUCAAAUCCUCUCAUACGAGCGAGAUUCCUCCCCUAAAGUCACAGUGAACAGAAAUAGCAUCCUGAAGCUAAAUAUGUACUUCAAGGAGAAUAAUUUCAGAACAAUAUCAGAGAGCAAGGCUCAGACAUUAGUUUGGCUGCUGUCCAACCUCGGUGGCCAGUUUGGCUUCUGGAUGGGGGGCUCAGUGCUGUGUAUCGUGGAGCUGCUGGAGGUGAUGUUGGACUGCGUGUGGAUCAUGGCCAUACGCGGGGCCAGGCUGUACAUGGGUCACAGACGCAGGCGCUCGCUGGCCCGUCACCCUCCACCUGUGCCCACCGUGGCUCAGUGCGUGGAGGAGCAGGAGCAUCGGGCACAAAGUGAGAGGCCAGUCCCCAGCACGCCCCCACCACGGUACGACUCGCUCCACAUCUGCUCGCUGACAGAACCUGGACCCCCUGAGGCGGGGGGCAAGAUAGUGGUCGAGGUGGGUGGUGAGGAGGCAGGUGAAGAGGUGGGUGAAGAGGGCUGUAGGCUAUGAACUCUCCCCCACUGCGUUUCACGCAGAGGUACAUUGGCUUGAGGGAAGAGCCCCCUCUCCCCCGCCCCUCCCCGGUCAGGCUGGCCACCCCCCCCUCCACAUGGCGGGGGUUAAUUCAAUGUCGGGAGGGGGGGGUGAGGCGAGGGGGGGGCGAGGCGAAAAGUGGGAAAUUUCAGGGCUGGAAUCUCAAUAACUAAAAGCUGAGCCUGUUUGUAAGUCACAACAGGACAGCGACAGAGGAACCAGCUUGUAACCUUCCAAAACUGGGGAGGAGGGCAAGUGUCAGGGGAGGGGCAUGUCAGGAUGGGGGGGAAGCGUCAGGGUGAGGGGUAAGUCGGGGGUGGGGUAAAUCAGGGGACUCUGGUGCUGCACUCUCUCAAUAACCUAGAAACGAGGUUUCUAUGGGACGUUGCUGCUGUUAAAAUGAUAAAAACACAAGUCACUUUCCACAUGUGGUCUCUGUGGCCACAUAUUUCUAAAUAUGUAAUUUAUUGUUAAAUAAAAAGGAAUUCGCUCAA